AUGAUGAAAAGUAGUAGUUCAGAUAAAUCAUCAAUACGACGAACAAAUAAUAUUGAAUUAGGACAAACGGAUGAUAGUGUUACGGAUAUCGUUGUCAAGAAACGUGAUGGAAUACCACCCAUAUGUAAAGCAGCAUUUUUAAUAUUUUUUAUUGGAUUCAUUGUUGUUGGUGCAAUUAUUUUAACAUUAGCUUUAUCAAAUUCACGCAAAGCUACACCUGUCAUAUCACGAUUUACUGGUCCACCAAUAGUGGCACCGCUCGGAAACACGCAUCUAUAUAAAACAGAAACAAUUAGCAUUCAAAAAGUGCCAAAAGACCUUGUACCAUCAGCAAGCCGUAUUAGUGGUUCAAGCGAAAUGUUAAAAGACAAAGAGAAAAAAGAUAUAUUGGUAUUAGUAAAAGCGAAUUCAAGUUUACAAUUUGAAGGACAUAUAAUCAAAACACCUGAUGGACAUUUGAAUACACUGUUAAAUGUACUAGGCAAAGAAAACCAUUCACAAUAUUAUGGUUCUAACACGUUAAAUAAUCUGUUUUCUGUUCAUAAUAUUUUCGAAACAUCAACGCAGAGUCAAGAUUUUGGAGGAGGAGAUCAAUUUCAUCAGAUUUCGACCCAUAUCGAUCAAACACACGGUGGUCAAGUAGAUGGUCAUCAUCAAGAAACGUCAACACACGGAUCCAUCGUUCACUCUGAAGAAGCAACAGCAUCAAGCGGUCAUCUACAUUCUUCAGUAACACAUGAAGGUGUCGAACAAUCACAGAGCGUUACUAUAUCAAGUGAUGUGUUAUUAAAUCUCAACCAUUACGAGGACAAUAGUGGUGGUGGUCAACACACAGACUCGACACUUCAUACUGCUAUUAUUACCUCCUAUUAUGACAAUGAACAGCACACAGAUUCAACAACGUCUUCUGUUCAUAUCAACGAGAAUACAAUACUGGAUGUGAAUCGUGAAACAACAAUAUCGGGAGAUAAUCAUGGAAUGGGUAAUAAUACAGAAUAUCUUUUUUACGGUGCACAACUUUAUUUUCCAAAACUGUUUAAUCGAACCAUUUUCCAUCUCACCUUAGGUGAACACGAACUUUCAACAGUAGCAUCCGAUCAUCAUUCCACUUAUUCUGAUCCAGAUAAAAAUCAACCGUCCAUGACUGAAAGUCAUUUGCAGCUUCAUGGAGGGGGAGAAAACCAUCAUUCCACAGAUGAGCACUAUCAGACCACAUCCCGUUCAUAUCAUGAUAAUCAAAAUCCUACGACUCCGGGAAAACAAUAUGAAACAACUAUACAUCUAUCAGAUGAUCAACACCAUGAGACAACUACUUACAAUCGUGAUGAACACUAUGAGUCAACCGAUCAUUCAUUGAAUGGAAAUAAUGAUCACAAUCCGACUAUGCACACAUCGAAUACACACUACGCUGAUGCAUCUCAUAUAACAUAUACUCCCGAAGGCACUCAUCAAGAACACACUCCACCAUCAAUCCAUUUUGCUUCACUCGAUGACAAGAAACCUAUAUCAGAUCAUGUUUGGAACACUACGAAUCAAAAUAAUAAUCAAAACCUUCAAACGCUGGAAGCAAUCUUGAACAAUACAACAAUGACUGGAGAACAUUUAGAUAAAAUUGCAGCCAUUAAUCUGCAGGCAACAGUGCAUUUGAUACACUUCGACAAUCAUACUCAUUCAGGUUAUGAAAUCGAAGAGCAUGUCGUGUCAACAGCUGGCAGCAUUCCAGAAUCUCAUGUUGAAGUUCGAUCUCCAGUUACAUCGGAUAUGAUUACUAAUAAUCAAACAACAUUGUCGAUUUUGCCACAAUUGAGCUUUAUUCGAAAGAAUGGUACAGAUCAGUUAGAACAAUUAUCAAAAGACCAAAAGAUCACAAAUGUUCAUCAUGUUAAGGAAGCAAAAUCAAUUACUAUAUCCUCACUAAAAGCAGACGGUUAUUUACGGUCACGACAAAAUAUGAUUGGCGAUGACAGUUUUGAUGAAAGAUAUGAUCUAAUGGACGGUGGAGAAGGUGAAGAAGAGUAA